AUGGUGGGCCCGGAGCCAGCGGCCUUCGCCUCGGCAUACGGUGGCCUUGCCAUCAACGCAGCCGUUCUGGCGAACAGGAUCUCCUACAACUUCGGUCUUCGAGCACCCAGCUUCGCAGCAGGGUCCAUUAAGCUGGGAACCGCAGACUCAGAGUUCUUCGCAGUGGCAGCUCAGGUGGACACGGCUUGUUCCACUGCGCUGGUCGCCGUGGAUGUGGCACGGAGGUACCUCCCAGGCGCAGCAGAUGUUCGAUGUCGUUAG